AUGACAAAUUGUUGUACUGAGGAAUCCACAAUGAUGCACAUGACUUUUUACCAAAAUUACAAUGCAUUAAUAUUAUUUGAUCAAUGGAAAACAUACAAUUUAGCUACAUACUUGCUAUCGUGCCUAGUAAUAAUUCUAAUUGGAUUCUUAGCAGUCUAUGUUUCUGUGGUUAAAGAGGAAAUUGAGUCUAGACAAAGAUGCUUAGGUAAGAGGAUUUAUAUACUAAGAGUAUUUAUGGCUUUUAUUUCUUAUUUCUUCCACUAUAUAUUAAUGCUAAUAGCAAUGACAUUUAAUUUCGGAUUAUUUUUAUCUGUACUAAUUGGUUUGUCUAUUGGACAUGGACUACUUAGUGAUAAAUUACGUAAUUUACAAUGUAAUGGAGAUUUAUGUAUUUGUUAA